GCUCAACUCUCCAAUCUCAACACCAUUUAUCGCAACUUCGUUCAGACACGAUGGAGUCGGCCAAAUACAGCAAAAAGAGGAAAUUCAAGGACGCCAAUGGCGCUAAGAAUGUCGAGGCCAAAAAAUCGAGAACGCACUCUGUUAAGACAUCUAAAUCUAAGAAGCUGAAGCGAGCGGAACCCGAGAUCGCUGCUGAAGCCUCGAGCGACGACAAUUCUGAAGCCGAAGACGAAAUCGAAGAACCAGAAGCCAAGCUUUCUAAGGACCAAGAUGAUCAAGAUGAAGAGGAUGAAGAAGAAGAUGCCGAGGAAACGACCGAAUUGAACAAGAGAGUAGAGGCAGCGAAUGCUGAGGAUGAAGAUGCUGGCCAAAGUAAUCAGAAUACCGAUUUACCCACCGACAGCGCCAUUUCCGCCCUACAAUCUGCUAUUGGUUCCGAUGCGCAAAACUUCGCCGAUUUGAACUUAUCGGAGAAGACAACAAAAGCUAUUAAGGAAGAUAUGGGGUUUGAAAAGAUGACCACGAUUCAACGAAAAGCAAUUCCACCCCUACUUGCCGGUCGCGAUGUGCUUGGUGCGGCUAAGACAGGAAGUGGAAAGACACUGGCCUUCUUGAUUCCCGCCGUCGAAAUGUUAAGCGCGCUUCGAUUCAAACCGCGAAACGGAACCGGUGUUAUCGUUGUUUCUCCCACCCGAGAGUUAGCCCUGCAGAUUUUUGGUGUCGCUCGCGAACUCAUGGCGCAUCACUCUCAAACAUACGGAAUAGUGAUUGGAGGAGCAAACCGUAGAGCGGAGGCUGAGAAGUUAUCCAAGGGAGUAAACCUCAUCAUCGCGACGCCCGGAAGACUCUUAGACCACCUCCAAAACACUCCCUUCGUUUUUAAGAACCUGAAGUCUCUGAUUAUCGAUGAAGCCGAUCGAAUAUUAGAAAUUGGUUUCGAAGAUGAAAUGCGUCAAAUCAUCAAAAUCCUACCGAGUGAAGGCAGACAGACAAUGCUAUUCUCUGCGACACAAACAACCAAGGUCGAAGACUUGGCGAGAAUUUCCUUGAGACCAGGUCCUCUUUACAUCAACGUUGACGAAGAGAGCACCAGCUCCACUGUCGCAGGUCUCGAGCAAGGUUAUGUCACCUGCGACGCUGAUAAGCGAUUCCUUCUUCUCUUCUCAUUCCUCAAGAGAAAUCUGAAAAAGAAGGUGAUCGUAUUCUUUUCCAGUUGCGCAAGCGUGAACUAUUAUGCUGAGCUUUUGAAUUACAUUGACUUGCCUUGUCUCUCUCUACACGGAAAGCAGAAACAACAGAAACGUACCAAUACGUUCUUCGAAUUCUGCAAUGCGAAGACGGGUAUCCUUCUGUGUACCGACGUUGCUGCUCGUGGUUUAGAUAUCCCCGCUGUUGACUACAUCGUUCAAUUCGAUCCUCCUGAUGACCCACGAGAUUAUAUCCACCGCGUUGGUCGAACCGCCCGUGGCGCCAAUUCCAAGGGCCGCAGUUUGCUAUUCCUACAGCCCCACGAACUCGCCUUUUUAUCGCAUCUGAAGGAAGCCCGCGUGCCCGUCCUCGAGUACGAGUUCCCAGCCAAGAAGAUUCUCAAUGUCUCUUCACAACUAGAAAAACUCAUCUCCCAAAACUACUAUCUCAACCAGAGCGCCAAGGACGGAUACCGAUCAUAUCUACAUGCUUAUGCUAGUCAUAGUCUACGUUCAGUCUUCGAUAUUCACAAAUUAGACCUAGCAAAGGUCGCCAAGAGUUUCGGUUUUUCUACACCACCACGAAUCGAUCUCACUCUAGGAGCAAGCAUGAGCAGGGAUAAGAAGAUGCAAGGAAGAAGGGCAUACGGAAGCCAACCAAGACAAGCCCAGAAGUUUAAGAAGCGGUAGUAGUUUUAGGAUGAAAGAAAAAAUGGUCAUUGGCGGAGUUUAGGUUGCGAUUAUCAUCAUGGUAUACCAGCUUCACAUUUACUUUAUCCUUUUUUAUGGAAAUUGAUGGCUCAUCUGGUAGUACUACUACGAAAUGCGAGGUUUUAUUUGAUAAUACGGUUAAGAAUUUCGCUAUGCAG